UCCCCGUUUGUUAUGCUCUCCUAAAUAAUCCUGUGGUACAAAAUAUUAUAUUAAAGCAGUCGUUCAUCACCUUUAGUUUUACUUGAAGGCAAAGUUUGAUUUGUAGAAUGGUUAGUAAAGGUUUAAGCACAAUUUACCUGAAAACUCAUUGCUCAAAAUAAAAUAUGACCUGAAUGUAGAAGAUCAUGGUGAAUACUCCAAUUCCCCACAGCUUGAAAUCUGAAGCAAAGAAAGCUGCUAAAAUACUCAAUGAUUUUUCUGUACCAUCAGCUAAAGCAGGUCCUGAUAAACUUAUACCAAGUGGUGUGUUAUUAAAAGCCAAAGGUCUUGCUAUACUGACUGUGGUAAGAGCUGGUUUCCUGGUAACAGCCAGAGCAGGAAGUGGCAUAGUUAUAGCCAAACUCAAUGAUGACUUGGUAGAUGCAGAAUGGUCAGCACCAUCAGCAUUAGGCAUUGCUGGACUGGGAGGUGGAUUUGAGAUUGGUGCAGAGGUCACAGAUUUUGUUAUAUUGUUGAUGAGUAGGAGUUCUGUGGAUGCUUUUUCAAAGGGAGGUAAUUUGACUCUUGGUGGUAAUUUGUCCAUAGCUGCUGGUCCCCUGGGUAGGAACAUAGAAGCUGAUGUGGCUCUCAGAAGUCCUGCCGCUAUCUAUACAUACUCUAAAACAAAAGGAUUAUUUGCUGGUAUUUCUAUAGAAGGAAGUGCUCUAAUAGAAAGGAAAGAUGCAAAUAAAAAAUUUUAUGGACAAGAAAUAAGGGCAUAUCAGAUAUUAUCAGGAGAAGUUGAUCCUCCAACAGAAUGUCUGCCCUUAUAUCAAGUUCUGGAGAGACACAGAGAGAAAGCCAAACAUGAAAUGGUACUAGCUGCCAAGAGAAAGGCCAACAAAGUGACACAGUCUGUAGGAGAGAAAUUUCAAGAUAGAAUUAGUAGUUUUAGUUUUAAAUCCAAGGAAGAAAAGUCACAACAUGACAAAAGCCCUCCACAGCAUAAUGUUCAUAGAAGUCAAACUGUUGUGGAGAAAAGUUCAAAAAAAGAUGGAAAAAAGGUGACUACCAAAACAGUCACAAAACGUUUUAGUGCGAGUAGUAAAUCUGAACAUUGUUCUUCUAAUAUAAGAAUAAAAAUGGAGGGAAUGACAUCAACAGCAACUGCACUUCAUAGUUUUCAAGGUCAACUGCCUUGUGACUUGUCCUUCAAAGCUGGAGAUGUAAUUCAAGUACUCACACAGACAACAUCAGAUUGUGAUUGGUGGGAAGGUGAAUGUCAUGGCAACAUUGGAUUAUUUCCUUCUAAUUAUGUCAAGGUCAAGUAAAAGAUGUGUUGGUGAUGUGAUAAGUGAAAUUAUAAAACCAAGGAACAAACUAAAAAUGAAACUUUUGUCACAGGUUUAUUUUUACAACUUUUAAAAGAUGUUUUGAGUUGUUCAUAAGACAUUGCCUUAACCAAUGAGAAUAUAUUUGAUAAAUCUGUCUCCAAAGAUUUAAUAUUUUGUACUUUUAUAUAUUAGAAUUUGCUUUACACUUUGUUUUUUUUAUUAUAUCAAAUCCUAUAUAAUUACCGUACCUUACCUGUUAAAGAUUUCUGUUGGUCAAUAAGCAGACAUGUAAAUUCAUAUUUGCUUAUUCUAUGGCUUUAACUGUUGAAUUGUAAAAAAAAAAUCUCGAUAUAUUAAAAUGGCAAAGAUUCCUAAAUAGCAAUAGAUCUAUAAUGCAUUCCAAAACAUCAUGUUUAAGUCAGUUUAGACAAAAUAUAAUGACUGAAUAAUUAGACCAGAUGUUUUAAGUUUAAAGGCAAAACUUGUAGUUCGAAAAUUAAUGUACAUAUUCAUUUGAAUAUUGUCCUACGUUCAAAUACAGAUAAAAAUGAAGGAAUCUUUCUUGUAUCAAAUUUUAUCAUAUCAGGGGAGUGAAUGUACAUAAAGUGCUCAUAACAAAUCCUCAUACUGUUUUCAUCUUAUACUUUACUUUUGAUAAAAAAAAAUUACUUUAGCCAAAGAAUCAACAUAAGAACACAUUAGAUAGUAUAUAUCCAUGACAUUGUACAUUUACUGUUUAUAAUAUAUUAAGUACUGUAAACCAACUAUAUUUCAUGAGUGAUUUAUUUUCGCGAGUAGAAAAAUGACGUGAAAUUAAAUCGUCGCAAAAAUGUAUAACUUAGAUCUUUCCCUAUCAAACUACAUCAAGUAAAUAAGAAAAUCCUGAAAUUAAAUCGCCGUGAAAUUGACUAGCUGGGGAUACACGAGAUAAUAAAAUAUCCGCAAAAAUAAGUUGGUUUACAGUAUGCUGGUGCAAAUAAUUCUUAUCAUCAUUCCAUGUUGAUAUUUUAAGUGUAUUUCAUUAUUCAUAAUGCUGUUAUUUUGUUUACCUCUGACAUAAAGUAAUCUAGACAAUAGGAUCUAUGUCUACAUAAUAUUUUAUUCUUUUGUAGUUAUUUAUAAGCUCAGUGCAAUAAAUUGAAAUAAAAAUUGUUUGAAUAUA